AAAGAUCUGUCGAUGUGGCCUUGAAUGUCACUCUGGAUAAGAGCGUCUGCUAAAUGAGUAAAAUGUAGAAAGCUGUUUGCAACCUGACCAAUGAUGGCAGAGGUUAGCCAACAGAGGAAAGAUGGUCUUCUUCAACCUGGUCCAUCCAGACUUCACCAAGAGGCAGGACCCACUGUGAGAACAUCCACCCAACCAUCCAUCGCCUCACCUCAUCUUCCUUCCAAAGAGGCAUUGUCAGCAUUGUACCAACAGCGACAGAAAGUUGAGCUGCGGAGGCUCCUGAAGCACACCCACCCGGAGCUGAGGAGCCUGGAAAGCCUGGAUGGGGUGGUGGAUCGGGAGCUGGCUGAAGUGCUGUGUUUAGAAACCCAGCCGAUAGCUGGCGAGACCGGAUACGAGGGAGAGGUCCUGUCCAGGCGGUUGAUAUUUGAGAACUGUUUACACAGCAAUACUGUGGACACUUCUAAAAUGCACAUCGCGGAGGGGGCCGGGAAUAGAGUUGGGGCUGGUGUUGGUGUUUGGGGAGACAUGAAGAGAACAUCAGCCUUGUUUGAACUGCCAUGGUAUAACCAGAACCUUCAGGAGGGAGGGUUAAAGAAACCACAGACCAGGUGGGGAGGACUGAUGGUAUUCAUGGGGAACUUACUGAGUGUGAGGAGGAGGAGAUGGUCAGGUUGGACGUCCAGUCUGCUAGGAGGCUGUUUGAGAGCCAGCAAGUCGACACCCUGAGGGCCAACCAGGAGGACGUGACCCUAAACAAGGUUAUCGUGUCAAAGGAUGAGAGGGGAGCUGUUCAGAAGAGAAAACAAGUGUUUGAGACAAGAAGCAGUAAGACAGAUCAGAAAGUGAUCAAAAGCCAAAUUUGUUUUAAAAAUCUUGAUGUGAGUUCUCAGUCUGAGGGAGAAGUACUGGGUGUCGGUGUUAAUAGUGCAGACACUGAGGUUCAGCCACAGCAUGAAGGUUUCUCCACAGUCAAACAAGUCUUUGAGAGAAAGUCACAGUGUGUUUCAAACGCAGAUGUUGAAACUAGUCCAAGAAUUCCAAAGUAUCCGUGUUCUUCUCUGCUUGAAAACCAUCACAUAUGCAGGAACCAAAGCCCCAGUUCACUCCCAGGCGACCUAGCUCCUGACAGAAGGGUCCAGGAGGACAUGUUAGAGUUAGUGGCUAACGUAAGGGACAGAGCUCAAUUGUUUGAGUCCACUCUGUUCGACCUGAUUAACCACCAUAACAGAGAGGAGAUGGAGAUGGUGGCAGAGAGCAUCAAUGAGACAUUGAACUCUCUCUAUCACUUCAACGCCCUCCACUCCCACGGAUCCAUCAUCAAGGCUAGCGAGACAGGAAGUGGUCAGAAGGCUAGGUACAGGCUGACCCCCGGUCUGAGACCAGAGAUAGAACAGGAAAAGGUGGCUGAGGGCAGGGUUAAGAAUUUUAUACUCCAGCUGUUAACCCGGACGACCCUUAAGCCUCAGGUGGUUUACCUGAAGGAGGACGCGAAGAGGAACGUGGAGGUUACCAUGGUGAUGGUACCGUUCCAUCAGGUACGUCUGGCUUCAAACCAAGAUAAAGAGUUCAGAACAGCUAACGUUGUCCAGCUCAUUGAGGACAUCCUCAGUCAGGACAGCUCUCUGAGGAAAGGAGUAGUUAUACAGGAGGACGGUCAGGGACAGACUGAGGUCACCGUUUACUCCCUGUACAACGAUUCUGAAGGAGAGGUGGAGAGGUACUACCCCCCACAGGAACAGAGGACGGAGACCAACGUCCUAGACAUUGCUGCAGGCGAUGAGAUUAAAACUGAGAUUGGUGAAGUAAGGAGAGGCGAUGUGAAGUCAACCAUCAGCUGUCUCUUGGCCACCAGUCAGGACCACUCAGCCCCAACCACUUACAAACCUGAGGUCAAUGUCAUGGGGAAUGUCAAGUUAUUCAGGAGCUGCAUUGAAAAGGGAGAUCUGGAGUAUCUGAAAACCUUGCAGGUCCAGCCAGAGGAGAAGGAACUCCCACUUCAGACUGAUGUUGUAACAGGUGUCUCCACGGAGCCAAAUAUACAUAAUCAACAACAACAACCAGAGGAUCAGGUGGAGCAGAAUGAUCCGGAUAUAGUCCUUAAGAACAUCUUCUUAGCCAACCAGAGCUGUGCCCAACAGAACGAGACUAAGGCAGAGAAGACCUCUAAAGCAAUAGUACAGGACCAGCACACCUCUGUGGAGAAGAUAGAGACGUGCUCUGAUUCUGUUAUAAAGACCUCCACAUCCCAGACAUCCACAGAGCAGCACCAGGAGGAGGAGGAGGAGGUAGUGAGAGGUAAUGUACAGGCAGCGCUCCAAUCUCUGGAGAAGACUAGUGGCAUUAAUGUCAGCCAAGGAUCCAUGAUCUGCAUGAAAUCUCAAAAUCUCAGAAAGGAAGCCAUAAGAAGAAGACUAAUGUGAGGUAUGCUCCCAACACAAUAAAGUAAAGACUGGGACUCUGACUGAACCUCAACCAGCCCCUUCAGUAGUGAUGAGUGAAGGACAAGCCAUCUCUGUGAAGAGCAGUGACAUUGUAGUAGAUGUCCAGCAGACCUCUGUGCAGACGGAAGAGACAAGCUGUAAUUCUGUUAUAAAGAUCUCCACAUCCCACUCCUCUAUCACCUCAGAACAUGAACCUACACCCUGCCGCCUCAAGACCGAAGAGGCUAGCUGUGCUGCUACGUCUUCUGAAGAACGACAAAAUGCAGAAGCCUUGAGUAUGGAGGUCCAAGAGGGCACUGAGGUGGUCCAGAGAGGACACUUAAAAGCUGCCAUGAAGUCUUUACAGAGUGAAGAGGAGGAGGGAGGAAGAGGAGGAGGAGGAGGAAGAGGAGAAGGAGGAGGUACUGAGAGGUAAUCUACAGGCAGCGCUGCAUUCUUUAGAGAAGACUAGCGGUGUUAACGUCAGCCAAGGAGACUUCAAGGCUGCCAUGAUAUACAGGAACUCUGGGAAAUCUACAUUUCAAAGCCAAAAGAAGAAACCUGAUAUGAGGAAUGUUCCAAAACACAGUGAAUUAAAGACUGGAUUUUUGACUGAAGCUCAACCAUUCUCUUCAGUAGCGAUGAGUGAAGGAGAACAGGUGGCCACCAAGGAGCUGAGAGUAGCAACUGCAAAACCCCCCAGCCCAGACCAAACCACAAAUAAACUAGCUACAGCCUCCACUUUGAAACAUGAAUCUCAGACUGGCUCUCAAUCUCUAGCUCCCUCAAAGAAAAAGAAAAGACCUGUUGGCCCAAAACCUGGUCUUCUUCCGAAACCAGCAGUUCCUCCUAAACCAGGUCUUCUGCCGAAACCAGCAGUUCCUCUUAAACCAGGUCAGAUGACAGGAAGCACAGCUAGUCAGUCAACAGAGACAGAGGUACAUAUCAGUGACAGCCACACCAUUUCUAUAAGAACUACUAGUAGUAUUUCUAGUAUUGCUAGUACUAACAGUACUCAACCGAAAGAGUCAACCAAAAGUCAAACAAAAGAAUCAACUAAAUGUCAACAGAAAGAAUCAAACAAAUCAAAGGAAUCAAAGAAAUCAACUAAAAGUCAAUCAAAAGAAGAGCAAACGCCCCAAACAUUCACUAUCAAACCGAAGUCCUACGCAGAUGCCCUUUGCAGAGGCUUACAACAGACAGAUAGUGUUCCAGAGGCACAACAGAGUAGGUACGUAUCUGAGAGGCCAGCUGGGAGCUCAGUAGGAACAGCUGAUACUGGGGCUGACGAGGCCACCCAACACACUGGUGAUGCAACCCAACUCAAUGAGGAAAUUACAUUAAACCAGGAAGGUCAAGGGUCUGAGCUCAUCCCUCAGAGACAGACUAGUUUUAACUCGGUUCCAGUGGAGGAGAGCAACACUAAGUCACCACAGGAAAGGACUCCUACAGAGCAGAGACAGGGACCCCAGGGGGCCCUAAAGGACAAAGAGAAGGUCAAUGAGGACUUCAUAGGGUUUCAAGCAGCACUUCAGAACUUUGGAGGGAAGAGUAAAGCCCCUGUGAAACCUAAACAAGUGAAGAUGACCCAGAGUGAAGAGAACCAGAAACACACCUCUCUCACAGUUACACACACUGCUGUGGGACAGCAAGCCAGUGACCCUUCUCAGCCUCAACCAUGCAGUAAACCAGAGAACAACAUCCAGAAAGAAGAGAAGGAAAACACAGUGGUGAUGAGGGAGAAGAAAGCGGAGAUGGAAGCAGAGACAGAGGAUGAGCGUGGCCAGAGGCUGUCGGUCCACAUGGAUAAGAUCAUGAGGGGUAACGUGACCAUGGCCACGGAGAUCUUUGACAACCUGAGGAAGCAGGAGGAGCUGAAAGAGAUCUUGACCUGGGUGGAGGAGGUGGAGGAAGACACCAGCCAGGUGGACGUCAGGGCCCUCAGGAACAUCUUUGAGAAUAUACCUGACUGGGUCGUUGCCCCAAGAGACAAGAGGCAACGUAAACAACAACAACAGACCAAGGUGGAACAGAAGAUCUCAGAAGCGAAGAGAUCAGAGACGCUGAAAGAUGAUACUGAGACCUCAAUGUCCUCCAUGGCUCUUGUGUUCGGAAAUCUGGAGAGAGCAAGUGAGGAGAUCAUGAACCUGAAGGAGCAGACUUUAGCCAGACUGAUGGACAUAGAAGUGGCCAUUAAGAAGGCUUUGUACUCUGUGUCCACUCUUAAGUCAGACUCUGAUAUCGCUGUUCUGUCUGGCCUGUUUAAGGAGUCCCUAAAGGGGACAGCAGCCCAGGAAUCUCUAAAGGGGACAGCAGCCCAGACCCAAGGCUCCACUAGCAACAUCAGCACUAUCAGUACCGGCUCCAGCAGCAGAGCUAAGACAGCCCAGGGAAAGGACAGCCCUACCACUAAGACACAAAGAGACCCAGGUCUGCCAGCUGAUGAGAGACCUGUCAUUAAGUCCCAGAGCAGUCCUCCAUCCUCCUUAAUCUCCAUCCAGUCUGCAACCAAGCAGGAGUCAGAAGACAGAAUACAGGAGUCAGAAGACAGAAUACAGGAGUCUGCAGACAGACAACAGGAGUCUGCAGCCAGACAAAAGUCCUCCCUGCAGCCUCCACUGUGCUCAGCCUGUCAGCUCAGCCUGAAGUGUCGCCCUUCUGGUAGCCCUUGUAGCAGAAGCCCUCUCAAUCAGAAACAUCAGGUCAGUGUACUCGAAGUGAAGAUAGCCCCAGAGUGGAGUGAGGUCGUCGACACUAAGACAGUUAGGGAGAACUAGGAGAAGACAGAUCCGUUUGGCAAAAAGGUCUACUCCACCAAGACAUUCACUGUGGUGAUUCAGCAGACACCAGCACCUCUCCCAGGGGUUAGGUAGUGACCACCAGUCCAACCAGGUAUUGGGUAGGUCAAGGUCAUCUUGCCUAUCAACAAACCGUCACCGCCUUUUUAAAAAUGGUGCUUGCAACAGCAAGGGCAGUGGGUUCGAUUCCCGCUGGGGCCACCCAUACAAAAAUGUAUCUACUCAAGUCGCUUUGGCUAAAAUGGCAUAUCUUAUAAACUGUUUGAAUGAAUGAGAAAGGACACUUCAGGUUAAAAAAUAAAAAAAUAAAAAAUGACAGUCAGGAAGACAAGAUUUUUUAAAGUGUGUGUUUGUUUGGAUAGAAUUGUAAUAAAAUGUUGUUUGUAUA